UCGAUGUAUAUAUAUAUAUAUCGAUAUAUCGUAUCGAUAAUGACUUCUCUCUAAGUUACUGUCACAUGACAGCUGUCAAACGGUUUGAAUUUGUUGUUUGUAUUCUUUUUUGCACAAUAUGUUUGGGUAUUAAUAAUUAUAAUUUUAAUAAUUUUCACAACUAGUAGUACAUUUUCACGUCGAUACAUUACUUAAGAAAGACCCUAAUUUUCCUGUAACUACCAAAAAAGUGCUCCAAAUGUCAAAAAUCCCUGCCGAAGAAGCUAAAUGGGAGCACCCCAAGGAGCUUCUAAAACUCCAAAAAUUGAAACUGAAAAAACAAGCAUUGCAAGAACGAAUAAAUGGCCAAAAACAAUCCAAAUCUUUGGCUGCUAGCGUCAGUAGCAAAGCGGCAGCCUUUGAGAAUAUUUUUAAUUCAAAAAAGCGAAAAAACCCUUUCGAAAAGUCAACUGAAAAUCUGCCAAAGAAUAAGAAAGCCAAAAGUGAGUUUCUAUUAGACGAAAGUGCCGACCAAACAUUAUUUAAAAUAUUAAACCUAAGUCAUUCGGCAAGUACUAGCAAUACUCAAACUCAAAACACUUCAGUAACUAGUUUUACCAACAUCCUAGCCUCAAACGCUGAGGCAACUACACAAGUGAAAAAGGAGCAUCAAGGAUCCCCUUGGUGUCCAGUAGAUUGGACACUAAAACGAAAAAUGCGGCUCUUUUCAAAAAAACCAUUCCAAUGGAGCCAAAUACUCAAAAUAGGUGAAGAAGCUUCUGGAGUGACCAGCUUCACUCGAUGCUUAGACAUCGAAAAAUGCAGCACCUCUCUAGAUGUAUCACCCAAUGCUAAAUUCCACCAAUGCUGCUUGUACUGGCAACACCCAUAUCUACCUUGGUUAACGCUAUUUCCAAGAAGCACCUUAAAAAACAACAGCUCAACAACAAACCUAGCAGGAAUCCAAGAGAUCAAAAAAAGCCUUUACGAAACGUGGAUGGACAGUUUAAAAUCUUUGUUUCAAUUGAUCAGAACUCGUCAAUGUCCUUAUUUUUAUGUUUGUGCUAACAAUUUUACAGCACUUUUCAGAGCGGCUGGUAUUUUCGGUUAUUCGGAUAUACAUGUGCUGCUUACACCAACUACUAGAGGGUUUAGGAAUUUGUUGAAGGAAGAACUUAUUGAUUUCGAGAUGCCUUUGAAACCUGAGCAGAUGAGGCCAUCGCAGGGAAAUAAAUCGGAAAACGAUGAGGCUGUUGAGACUGAGAUAAACCAUUUGAAUGAAGAGGAUGACGCCCUUGAUGAAGAAUGGAUGACUGAAAUGGGAAUUGACGCAAGCGACAUAAAACAUAUCAACUACACUCAAGCUCGAAUAAAACACAAAACCGAUUGCUUAGUAGACAGAAGUGACCAAAGCUUAGUUCUAAUAGAAGGCUGUGAAGUUAAUGCAUUUUUCAAUUGCCUAUUAAACUGCAAAAGUGCCAUAGCACCUACUGGUCCUCUUGCAGGAGUACCACCCACCCUACUAGCACCGGUUUGUUUUAAGUUUGGUACUCUAACUGCCUUAAAAGUACGCCAACAUAAAAUCCAGUCUGAAGGUGUCGAUUAUUAUUCCUUGGACCUACUAGGUCCAAUUCUACCGAGCACCCUUCAUAAUAUUUUAAAUAUAAAUAGUCCCAGUGAUAGUAUAACUAUAUCGUUUAGUGAUGUUGAAAGUACAAGGGCUUACAGUAAGGUGGUUAAGAAAACCCAAAAAAAAUUGGAGGAACUAGAGCAAAAAGGAGGCACGAUUUUUGGUGAAGAAAAUUUGUCUGAUUGCGGCUUGAACGCGAAAAUUUUAAAGAACUUUUGUUCGGCUGAUAGUGAAAAAGUUUGCAAUUUUGAGUUGUUGAAGUACUGUGGCGAGACUAGGAGUUAUACAUGGACUUAGGAUUUUAUUAUUUUUUUAAUUUAUUUAUUUUGUUAUUAUUUAAUUUAUUUGUUUAGAUGUUAGUUUAGGUAAUUAUUUUCUUUGUAUUUUGAUUUGAGUAACCUAGUUUAGCCUUUUUUUUUUUAAAAAAAAUUCUUAGUCUGUAAGAGAAUUUAUGUGUUUUUCAAUAAUUGCCAAGACAUAGUGGUUUUAAUGUAAUUUCUACCAUGAAAUUGAAAAUUUGUUUUAUUCAAUUAGCGCACCCUAUAUAUAAAAUGAUUCACAAACCUUUAUCGAUAACCAGUAUCAAUU